AUAAUUCCAUAAUCCAUCGAAAAUAUGAAAUGACUUCAAUGCCCCAUUCAGAAAAAAGCGCUCAAGUGUUGAACCUCCUCAAACUCACUCCGACCCGACCCAACUUGUUUGUUCAUUCGUUCUCACGAUGCCUCUUUCAGAGAAAAAUUUCUCUUUCCCUCACCUACUGUCUCUCAUUAUACUAACCAUUUCAUUACCCGAUAAAACAUUCUGCAUUCGAUUUCCUGAUCGGGCCACCAAUACCGUUCAGGACCAACCGGACCACCCCUUAAAAUCAGCGGUUUUUGCCCUUGGCUGCUUCUGGAGAUCUGAAGCCGUUUUCGGAUGCUUAAACGGAGUCGUACGUACCACUGCUGGAUACGCCGGUGGAUCCAAAACCAACCCCGAUUUCCGGAGCUUGGGUGAUCAUGCUGAGUCCGUGCUGGUUGAAUAUGAUCCUAGGUUGAUCACUUUUAGGCAACUUUUGGAUGUUUUUUGGUCAAGUCACGAUUGUAGGCAAGUAUUUGGGCAAGGUCCUGAUGUGGGCAAUCAAUACAGGUCUAUUAUUUUCACAAAUGGAACAGAUGAGUCCAGAUUGGCUGCUCUUAGCAAAGAAAAAGAACAAAUGAAGUCAAAGAGCAGCAUAGUGGUUACUCAAAUUCAAAAACUUGGAACUUUUUAUCCUGCAGAGCCUGAACACCAGAAAUUUGAGCUCAAACGAAAUCCUUUCCUCCUUCAGCUGAUGGGAAACUUACCUGAAGAGGAGCUUGAGAAAUCUAGUCUGGCUGCAAAGCUUAAUGGCUAUGCAGCAGAGCUUUGCCCUCCAAAGGUUCAAAAGCUGAUUGAUGGUAAGAUCAAAGAUAUAACUAGAAAAGGUUGGCCUGUUUUGAGAGAUGUGUAGCGGGUCUAACAUUAGAAUUUGAGAUCAACAUGCGUUGCAGUUUACCAAAUUAGUGAAUUUCAUUACUUUAUAAAAACUAUUAUAUCUUGUCUAA